AAACAAGUAGUCGCAGAUGCAUACGCAGAACGAAUCCAAAAACUCAGACCUCGACCGCGCAACCCCACUAUGCCUUCUGUACCAUUCGCAUCGUUAGCUGGGACAUAUGUACAUCCAGCUUAUGGUACGCUAGAACUAUGCGCUAUACCGUCCUUGAACCUACCGAUCUCCCAAUCGACCCCAAAUUGCAAAACACUCAUCAAUGAACUUUCUUUCAAGCUUCCUGGAACUUUCAACACGUCUGAAUCUGUCCCGACGUUUUUUGCGUACAUGGACAGUGCAUGGUUGUCCCACGUUCGUUUGCAACAUUUCGAUGGGAAUUUAUUCAACGUGUCAGGGUUCCAAAGCUUGGUAAGUAAAUCAAACGACCACGUUUUUCUCGCUCCCCGACAUGGCUAA